GCAUGCUCCGCGCCGCGGCGGGUCCACAGCUGAGGGGAGUCCAGUACCCCGCGCCCCGCCGGCCCCGGAGGUACUCCCGCUGAGCGGCUCGAUUUGAGCCUUGUUUACCAAUAAAGUUCGUUUAAAAAUCAUAAUCAUUCCUAACAGAGCGAAAGAGGGCGCGAGCCAGCCGGGCGGCCCCGCUAGGGAAGCUGGCGCGUUGGGAAGAGGCGGCGGCGCCAGCGGUUGCGCCGCGACCAGAAGGAGCCGGUCGCGCCGGGCGGUUACUUGGCGCCAGGCAGGGGGACGAUUUGAAAGAGAAGAUCUGAUUGCCUAUAUUUACAGUUGGUACAGAAGACUGUUUCAACUCUAAAAAUGUUGGAGGAAGAUAUGGAAGUGGCCAUCAAGAUGGUGGUUGUAGGGAAUGGAGCAGUUGGAAAGUCAAGUAUGAUUCAGCGAUAUUGCAAAGGCAUUUUUACAAAAGACUACAAGAAAACCAUUGGAGUUGAUUUUUUGGAGCGACAAAUCCAAGUUAAUGAUGAAGAUGUCAGACUAAUGUUAUGGGAUACUGCAGGUCAAGAGGAAUUUGAUGCAAUUACAAAGGCCUAUUAUCGAGGAGCCCAGGCUUGUGUGCUUGUAUUUUCUACCACUGACAGGGAAUCUUUUGAAGCAGUUUCUAGUUGGAGAGAGAAAGUAGUCGCUGAAGUUGGAGAUAUACCGAGUGUACUUGUACAGAACAAGAUUGACCUUUUGGAUGAUUCUUGUAUAAAAAAUGAGGAAGCUGAGGCACUGGCAAAAAGGUUAAAGUUAAGAUUCUACAGAACAUCAGUGAAAGAAGAUCUAAAUGUGAAUGAAGUUUUUAAAUAUUUGGCUGAAAAAUAUCUUCAAAAACUUAAACAACAGGUAGCCGAGGACCCAGAACUAAUGCAUUCAAGUAGUAACAAAAUCGGUGUCUUUAAUACAUCUGGUGGAAGUCACUUGGGUCAGAAUUCAAAUACUCUUAAUGGUGGAGAUGUCAUCAAUCUUAGACCCAACAAACAAAGGACCAAGAAAAACAGAAAUCCCUUUAGCAGCUGUAGCAUACCCUAAAAUGUUUUAGGGAAGAAAAAUGUUGAAUUCUAUUGUGCAAUUCACAAGAAACCCAUCUGGCUGUCAUGGUAUGUUAUAAGAUUUUUAGAAGACUUUGCACCUAAUGCAUCUCUGAGAGUGGACAGACUUAAAUACUGCUCUGCAAUGCUUUUUGGGAUGUGAAGUGAGACCUCUGGUGGAAAAAAUACUGCCCUAUGGACUUAUUUUUUUUACUUUAGACAGAGCUUCUCCUAUUUUUUAGGGAUUGCUGUAAGAAAUGUCAAAAACAUUUUACUGAAUUUUUAAUGCUGGAACACACAUUGAAAUGCCUAAAUACAUUGGUACAAAUUUUAAUAUUAUAGAUCAAGGAAAGAUAAUAAGCAUUCCUUUUCUGAAAUUGGUCAUCUGACUUUUCUGGAAACUAGUAUUGGAUCUGAAUACUUACAACAAAUAAUGCUGGAGUGUGUAUUUUGGCAAUGUUACUUGUGCAAUACCUGUAUAAUGUAGAAUGUGGAGGUGUGCAUGCAGAUAUCUGGUACUGGAGUCAGCUGAAAGUAUGUGCAGUAUUUAAGGAAAAGUAGAUGCUAAUUAAUUCAUUUGUAAAACCAUUUACACAUUGCAUAUAUGUUUUUAUUUUCAAAUGAGAGAUUCCAGACAUAUAUUUUACAAAAUAAGCUUGGAUUUAACAAGUGCUUUGUGCCAAAAAUACCAUACCUAAUUUUUAUAGUGCUUUACUAUCAGAAUUUAUAUCAUUUAUAAUCUUUAAAAAGUAGUUUUCCUUUCUGAUAGGGUAGAUAAAAGAGGAGUGAAAACAUUUCAUGCUAGAGCUUCUCCUAGGUGAGACUUUUUCACGUGGCUACCCUUAAGCAUAGUGAGCUCUUGUCUUCAGGUCCCAAAGUCCCAAAGAAGGUAUGCAGAACGCCUGUGGUUAUUCCAGGGGUCCUAGUAAGUGUGGUAGAGCACGCUUUGCUGUUGAGAACCUAACUUGGAACUCACAAGACUAUCCUAACCAUUUCUUAAAAAGGCAUAAAAUAUGAUUAGCCCUAAUCCAAAUUAUGUAUUUUAUAACACCCUGUAACUCUAAAGCAUCCUUUUGUGUACACAUUUUUAUAUGGUAUUUUAAGAUUAUCACUUAAAAUUUCUAUAAUCUUCAGUUUGUAUACCAUUUUCUCAAGAAGUCUGUUAGCAUCACAUACGUAGUAAUCUUAGAAAUGUUAUGUAAUCAUACAUCAAAGCAUAAACCUGAGUUGGACAGUUGCUUUCCAACUAAAAUAAUUGCAUGAACUCAGUUAAAGCUGAUUAUCAUUCAUC